AAAGCUUGCAAACAAGGGAGGAAAUUUUAAGAAAUUAUCAAUGGCUAUUGAAGAAGGCGGAUUCAAGUUCAUCCUGUUACUGCGUUUGACACCGUUUCCUUAUCCUUAUUCGAAUGCUUUUUUCGCGUCAGUUCAAUCUAUUAGCUUUCGAAGUUUCUUUCUUGCCACUGCCAUCAGCUUGGUAAAAUUGUUGAUACUUGUUUUCAUUGGUUCGAGAUUUCGGAAUCUCUCUGUGGAAAUGGAUCAGACAUCUCGUAUAAUUAAUUACGUAUCUAUUGCGGUUGGAUUGUCUUUAUUCGCCUUUGCUGCAUGGUACAUUUACCUAAAAAUGUCGAUGGCAGUGGAACAGGCAAAAAGAAGAUUUCUAGAAAAGUAUGGGUCGGAAGACGGGAAUCAAAUGUUUUCUUCUGAGAUCAAUGAUAGUGAAAAAAGUAGAGAAAGUAUUGUUGAAGAUUAUGAUGAAAUUGUAACUGAAGAUGAUGAUCAGGAAAAGUUAAACCCUAGUAAUCCUAAUUCUUAG